AUGAACACUUCUUAUUUCCAUGCCUGUUUGAAAAAACUAAGAGCAAAUAACAGUAUUGCUACUUAUAUUACUGAGCAAGGAAAUUUGAUUGAUGAUUUUCAAGAGGUAGUGGCUCACUUUGUUGACCAUUUUAAAAGCUACUUAGGCAGUCCAAGUUCGGCUACUGGCAGAAUAGAUUUGCAGUGUAUUGAGAUGGAUUCCAAGCUCUCCAUAGAUCAGCAACUGCUUCUCUUAAAACCCUUUUCUAGUAAGGAAAUCAGGGCUGCAUUUUUUGGAAUUCACAUCACUAAGUCUCCAGGACCAGAUGGAUUCGGCUCUGGUUUUUUCAAAGAGCUAUGGCAGGAUAUUGGGAAAGAAGUCUGUUCAGCGAUAGUUCAGAGUUUUUCCACAGGACAAUUUCCUUCUGAACUUCAUGAGACCACUCUUUCCUUGGUUCCUAAAGUCUCUAAUACAGCUCGGGCUACUGACUACAGACCUAUUGCUUGCUGCUCCACUUUGUACAAAUGUAUGGCUAAGUUGUUAUGUUCUCGCAUGGCUUUAGUCCUUCCUGUCCUCAUUCAGCCGAACCAGGGUGCUUUUGUUAAAGGAACCCUUUCGGCAGUGAGCAUUUUUAAAGAGGUCCUAGUAAAGUUUAGUGCGGCUACUGGUUUAUCUAUCAAUACUAACAAGUCUCAUAUUUACUUUGGAGGAGUCAAUGCAACGGAGAGAAGGAUUAUUGCUCAAGAUAUUCAGCUGCCUGAGGGAUCCUUUCCUCUUAGGUAUCUUGGGGUACCUAUGAGACCAACUAAGUGGAGACAUGAGGACUGUGAGAUUAUUAUUCAUAAAAUCAGGUUGAAACUAUUGUCUUGGACCAGUAGGCAUCUGUCAUAUGCAGGCCGAGUGCUUCUUAUACACUCAGUUCUUUUUGGUCUUAGGAAUUACUGGAUGAGUGUCUUUAUUUUUCCUCAGAGUAUUGUUAAGGAGGUAGAGAAGUUAUGCCGAGUUUUCCUGUGGGGAGCUUCAGGGAACAGAAGUAAGCUUCAUAUGGCUUCGUGGCAUCAGGUGUGUCUCCCUAAAGCUUAUGGAGGUCUCGGGUUUAGGGAUGGGGCAAACUGGAAUAUAGCCUUAUUAGCUAAGUACAUUUGGGCUGUUUCAGAAAAACAGGACCUUCUUUGGGUCAAAUGGAUCAAGGAAAUCUAUCUGAAGGGAGUUAAUUUUUGGAGUUAUGUUCUGAAACCAGAUAGUAGCUGGUAUUGGAGGAAAUUGUGCCAUUUAAGGAGCAAAUUCAAUAAGAUAGAGUUACUUGCUGCUGGGAUUUCAGGGAAGUUUAAGCCUUCGAAAUUAUAUAACAGUACCUUAAAGCAGCAGCUAGUGGGUUAUAAGCAUGCGGUUUGGUGUAAGUUGACUCUCCCUAAGCACCGGUUUCUCCUUUGGCAGGUGAUCAAUGCUCACCUUCUCACUAGAGACAAUUUAUCUAGAAUCAACUUUCAGUUGAACAACCUCUUAUGUCCAGUUUGUGAAGAUCAAAAUGAAAGUCACACUCAUCUCUUUUUUGAGUGUUGCCCGUCCAAGAUGACACUUAACCUCAUCUUUGCUUGGAUUGGGUUUAAAGCCUGGCCUAGUAAUUUCAAUGGCUGCGUGUUUUGGCUUAACUCUAGGCAGAUUGGUAUCACUGAUUCUAUAUUGAACUUGGUGUUGGCAGCUAUGAUCUAUAGCAUUUGGCGGAACAAGAAUAGAUGUGUUUUUUAUGGUUAUUCUUUGACAACUAGUAGUAUAUAA